CGGGCAGAAGGAGGCCCUUAAAGUACCUACCCCUCGGGCAGGUGAGGGAACCAGUGGUGUGUAAGAGCCAGCCGUCCUGCCUGCUGAGUAGCAGCUCUCUGGAGCUGUUCCGUCCCUUGUGGGGCCUCAGCAGAUCCCUCUUUCAGAACUCGCUGCCAAGAGUCCUGAUCAGGAGCCACCAUGCAGUGCUUCAGCUUCCUUAAGACCAUGAUGGUCCUCUUCAAUUUGCUCAUCUUUUUGUCUGGUGUGGCCCUGUUGGCAGUGGGAAUCUGGGUGUCGGUCGAUGGGCCAUCCUUCCUGAAGAUCUUCGGGCCACUGUCCUCCAGCGCUGUGCAGUUUGUCAACGUGGGCUACUUCCUCAUCGCAGCUGGUGCUGUGCUCUUUGCUCUUGGUUUCCUGGGCUGCUAUGGUGCUCGGACUGAGAGCAAGUGUGCCCUCAUGAUGUUCUUCACCAUCCUCCUUGUCAUCUUCAUUGCUGAGAUUGCAGCUGCUGUGGUUGCCUUGGUAUACACCACAAUGGCGGAACACUUCCUGACGUUGCUUGUAGUACCUGCCAUCAAGAAGGACUAUGGUUCCCAAAAGGACUUCACUCAAGUGUGGAACAGCACCAUGGAAGGGCUCAAGUGCUGUGGCUUCACCAAUUACACGGAUUUUGAGGGCUCGCCCUACUUCGUAAAGAACGAUGCCUUUCCCCCUUACUGUUGCAAUGAUAAUGUCAACAGCACAGCCAAGGAACGCUGCACCAAGGAGAAGGCUGAGAACAUGGAAGUACAGGGUUGCUUCCAACAGCUUCUGCUUGGCAUCCGAACCAAUGCAGUCACCGUGGGUGGUGUGGCAGCUGGAAUUGGGGCCCUAGAGCUGGCCGCCAUGGUUGUGUCCAUGUAUCUGUACUGCAAUCUGAAAUAAGUCUGCUUCUGCCUCUGCUACUACUGCUGCCUUAUGGGAACUGUGAAGAGAUGCCCCGGCACCGCCAAGAAGCCGUGAUCAGGGUGGGACCAGUAUCUAAUGGUGUCACUUGGACCAGAAUAGGCUUGCUCUUUCUGCUCCGGACUCAGACUAAAUAGGGACCACCCCUUUUAGGCUGUGCCUGACUUUUCC